CGCGUCUGUGUGUUGGUAGGUUCGACGUUUUCAAACGUCGCUUGUUUCAUUUGGCAGUGAACUUUUUAACUAUUCUAGUAUAGAUUGUUGAAAAUGGCGAGUGUGGAACAGUUAUAUAAAGAUUUCGGCGUGUUAGCUGAUGCCAAAGACAAGGCAAACGAGCAUACUAAAGAAUAUGAGUCCAUACUCAGUGCUGUGAAAGGUGGCACCAAUGAAAAGAGACUAGCUGCUCAGUUUAUUCCCAGAUUUUUCAAGUAUUUUCCAACGUUAGCCGAACAAGCCAUUGAGUCUCAGCUUGACCUUUGUGAAGACGAUGAUGUUUCUAUUCGUAGACAAGCUAUAAAAGAACUGCCACAUCUUUGCAAAGAUAGCACAGAACACAUCCCUAGAAUAUCUGAUGUCUUAACACAAUUACUACAAACAGAAGAUUCAUCUGAGUUGAGUAUUGUCAAUACAGCUCUACUUACGCUAUUUAAACUGGAUGCUAAAGGUACACUAGGAGGUUUAUUCUCGCAAAUUAUAUCAGGAGAGGAGAGUAUACGAGAACACGCUAUCAAAUUCAUGUGUGUAAAAAUGAGGACAGUAUCAGCUGAACUAUUCACUAAAGAAGGAGAAGAAUACUUGAUACAAAAAUCUAAAGAGGUCCUUGUUGAUGUGACUGGUGACGAGUUUGUUUCGUUCAUCAAGAUCCUAUCUGGAUUGUCCAGCAUGCAGACAGUGCUUGGUCGACAACAGCUAGUAGAUAUAGUUGUAGAGCAAGCAGAUUUAGAGUCUGAAUUCCAGCCAUCAGAUGCAGACUGUGUAGAUAGAUUGAUGCAAUGUGUUAAACAGGCACUGCCCUUUUUCUCAAAAAAUGUAAUGUCCACAAAGAUAGUGACAUACAUGUGUGAUCAAGUGAUACCUUCCUUGUCUUUGCUGACCAAUCCUGAAGAAGAUGGGGACAUCCAGCUGGAGAUGUUACAUUUAUUCGCUGAACUCUGCCACUUUUCUGGGGAGCUAGAAGAUGAGACUCGUGUGCAGAAAGUUUUUGAGAAAUUGAUAGAGUACAUGCCGUUACCACCAGAAGGGGAAGACGGUGAGAAUGACCAAACCAGUGAUGAACCUAAACUACAGUUCUCAUAUGUUGAGUGUUUGAUGUAUUCAUUCCAUGAGCUGGGUAGAAAGCAUGCUGACUUUCUCACAUCAGAUGAAGCUAGACUUAAAGAUUUCAGGAUAAGGUUACAGUAUUUUGCCCGUGGCUGCCAGAUGUAUAUGAAACAGCUGAGGUUAGCUGUUCAGGGGAAAAAAGGAGAAGAACUCAAAUCGGAAGAAAAUAAAAUCAAAGUUGUUGCGUUAAAAGUCACAUCAAAUAUCAACACAUUGAUUAAGGAUCUUUUCCAUAAUCCACCAUCAUACAAGAGCUUGAUUACAUUGUCAUGGAAACCAAUACAGAAACCAACAGAGGAUGACAGACAAAAGAGACCAGGAAUAACCCCUAUCACUUUUGAUGAUGCAUCACAUCCUAAGAAACAACGUGGAUCAUCAAUGAAAUCACGAGGAGCUCGUCAAAUGUACCAACCACCUAGUGGCAAGUUUAGUACUAAAGCUGGAUCUGCUCCAACAUUUGGUGAUCCGGAUUAUGGAACAGGAUUUGGUAAUAGACGUGGUGCAUGGCGUGGUGGCGGCGGUGGUCGCAGACAACGUGGUGGAUGGAGAGGCGGAAGAGGCAAUUACAGAUAUUAAUUGGAAUGGACAAACUAUUUUUAUCAUUGAUGACCAUUUGCUGCUCUACAGUUUUUUAAUCUUACAGUUGAAAUCAUGUGUAGUUUCAGUAUACAUUGUCCACCCAGCUAGAAUUACACCUUUUUAAAGUGGGUGAAAACUUGUAUAUUUAAACUAAUUUCACUCAUCAUUCUCUGUUGGUCAUACACAGCCUUUGCUUUUGACUGGACUGACAACAUGUACUCCCUGUUUUUUUUUUAAUCCUGAUUUGAUGGUCCAUUCCAUUGUUAAGAGUUAGUAUGUUUACAAUCAUAACCACCACAGGAUCUAUAGGUCCUUCUCUUUCACUUUUUUGUUUUAUAGAAUAAAUUAUAUGUUCUUUGAAA